AUAAAACAUCAACAGGCAGGUCAUCAUGGUUGGUCUGUGGAUGCACACCUACAAUCUCAAGCAAACAUUUAACAAACACUUCACAGUCGCCAGAUCAAACUGACUGACUAACGAAGACUCCAGACAAAUCAAGGCCAUGUCUCUCCUCACUCAUGUCUUAGCCUGCCUGUUUGGAAUGGGCUCCUGGGUGACCAUUUGUGGGCUGUGGGUUGAACUGCCCCUCAUCGUCCCUCAGGUGCCUGAGGGCUGGUACCUUCCCUCUUAUCUGUCCAUCCUGACCCAGAUUGCUAAUGUUGGUCCUCUGUUUGUCACCCUGAUGCAUCAACUCCAACCAGGAAAGCUCAACGAAACCACUGUGAUCUAUGUCAUUGUCAGUUUUGGGACCCUCGCAAGCCUCCUCUUAGCUUUCUUCUGGAAGGAGACCGUUAUUGUACAAGGAGUCGAGCGUAGCAUUUAUCUCCUGAUCCUGACCUUUUUCAUAUCUACUGUGGACUGCACCUCUUCAGUGACUUUCUUACCAUUCAUGAUGCAGCUCAAGUCAGUGUAUCUCACCACCUAUUAUAUAGGUGAAGGUUUGAGUGGACUGAUCCCAGCUGUUGUGGCCCUGAUUCAAGGAGUAGGUGUCAUGCAAUGUGUCAAUGGCACCCAAAACUUAAAUCUCAAUAAAACAAUCAAUGGGUCUAUGGACUCAACUUAUCACCUAAUACCGCACUACUUACCAGCCAACUUCUCAGCUAAGGCUUUCUUUUUCUUCCUGGCAGCCAUGAUGUUUGUCUGCUUGGUAGCUUUCUUUCUUUUGAACAACCUUCCAGUAGUGGCUCGAGAACGCUCAAUGAAUCUCAAAUACCAAGGUGCUGUUAGAAAGACAGACUUUACAAAGAAAAAGAAAACACCAGAACAGAAGCCGAUGAUGAGUUCUCUAAAUGGCAUCCAGAAGUUCAGGGGGAUGUUUGGAAAAGGAACUUACAGCUGGGCACAAAUUUUCUACAUCUUCUUCAUCCUGGCCUGGGUGAAUGCUCUGACCAAUUCGGUGUUACUAUCAGUUCAGUCUUAUUCAUGCCUGCCUUAUGGAAACCGUGCUUAUCAUUGGUCUGCUACAAUGGCCUCGUUAGCAAACCCAUUGGCCUGCUUCAUUGCCAUGUUUUAUGCUCAAAGGUCGUUGGUGCUGAUGGGGUUUCUGACUGGUCUUGGCUCCAUUCUUGCUGUUUAUAUCAUGGCUAUGGCAGUGCUAAGUCCCUGUCCACUGCUGGUCAACCACAUUUCUGGAGCCAUUCUAAUAGUGGCGGCGUGGACAUUUUUUGUUCUCACACUGUCCUAUGUAAAGGUGAUGAUUGCAUUGAUCUUGCGUGAUGAAGGUCACAGCGCUCUCGUGUGGUGUGGCGCAGUAGUGCAGUUGGGUUCACUACUUGGAGCUGUGAUCAUGUUCCCUUUAGUUAAUGUGUAUGACCUUUUCUCUUCAGGAGACCCAUGUAGCACCAGGUGCUAACGUCAGUAUCUAGUAUAAUAUGUAUAUCACUAUCACCAAUAACUAAUUUAUAUAUAAAUGGAUAUAAAUGCAAUAUAACGACAAGAAAUUAAAAAGGAACGAAGUGCUUUCGUAUUAAUGAGUCUGCCUUUUGCUAUUAAAUGAUUCAAUGCGACCACUUGGUGGCGCUGUCUCCUGUAUGUUUAAUUUCUUUUAGCCUUAUAGUUUAGAUUUUUUUUGGCAUUUCAAGACAUAUUUUUUAAGACAAAAUGUAUGCAAAAACGAGAUCGUUGAAAUAAAAGUUUGCCAUUUUUACAUAAAAGGAAAUAUAGGAUAAAUAAAGGAUAUAAGAAAAUUAGAUAGAUAGAUAGAUAGAUAGAUUUCUUUAAGGGUUUAUAACAUUAUAUAGAUAGAUUGAUAGAUGGAUGUCCCUUUGUUGAUUUAUAGCAACACAAUAUAUUUGUUUGUCCAUUUUUAAGAUAAAAUAUCAAAACUACCAAAAUGCACUUUACCAGUCUGAUCAAUAUUUUCUGUAUAAACAUUCUAGAUUAUUGUUGCUUAGGAUACUACUACUACUACUAUUAAUAAUAAUAAUAAUAAUAAUAAUAAUAAUAAUAAUAAUAAUAAUAAUAACCAACCUAAAAUUAAACAGAACAAAAGAAGGCCUAACUGAGGAACCUGCUGCAAGCUACUAAUAGCGCUAUUAUUUCUGGGUCAUGGCUCUAAUGAUAACACAGUCAGGGCAGGUUCUGUCACCAUGGCUGUGUCUGUCAGUGGGGAUUCAUACCCAUGGAAAAUAUGCCUGCUGUACUGGCAGGUGUCACAGGGGUCUUGGCACAGGUCCUGAGCUCAACAGCUGUUUUUCUGGGGCUGCACAUGUCCUGAUCUCUUCUUCCUGGUUCUUUGGGCACCAGACAUUUCACUCCACUCCACAAUAAUGGCACCAGAUGAUUUAGUUGUACACGAGAUGACACAGUAGUGAUAAGAAGAUCUGGCACAUUCUCAUGGGGAUGGGAGCUAUUAUUUUUCUCCCCACAUGUUUGUUGUUAUUGUGUCAUUCAUGUGUGUUUGUGUAUGUUUUUACCAGCAGGUGUAUGUGUGAGAUGAAAUUCACUCAACACAGAGUGAAGAUCUUUCUUAAGAAAAGUUUUAUCUAGCAAACUAAAUGCAAAUGUCUUAAAUUCUUUAGAACAUUCUUCUGCAUUUUAGUUUUCCACAAUAUAGUGCCAGUAUUUUAAGCACUUUUUUAUAUCUGUAAUAUUGUAAUGCUUGUGUUACUGGAGUGGAUAAUAGAGUUAAAAUGACAGUUUUUAUAUUUAUAUAAUACAAUGAAUAUCAAUUGAUGCAUCAAGCUGAUCUAUAAAUUUACGAACAUAUAACUUUUCAACAAAACAAGGAAUGCUUACCUUUAAUAGUAUCAUGACUCAAGAAAGAGAAAAUACAGUAAGCAGGAGUCUGU